GUAAUGACGUCGCCAGUCUUAGCAACCAGCAUGGCGACGGAAAAGCUUCACUCAGUAUUUGUUAAAGCUAGUUAGUAACUAGCUUGUUUUGCCACGUAAACAUGUUCACGUUUGGACGAACCGAGGCUUCUGGAUGUGCCCGACCGCUGCCGUCAUUGCUCUUGAAUGUGUCUGAAGAAAAUGGGACACGCUAAAUUAAAAACUUCAAUGGAAUCGAGAACAGGGAGUGUAUCAUCUGGACUAGAGUGCAGCUCUGGAGUGAGACGGCAGACAUUAAAAGUUAGCCCUUUCUGUCCUCACUCCUCCAGCACACUAACUCAGUCCAUCAUUAAUGAUCACAUGGUGUCUCAUUACAAAAAGAUUUACUCAGCUAAAGCUGCUAUAGAUACUUCAGUACCCAAAAGCCUGUUGCAAAGUGUGAAGUACAAUGACCAGAUCAGAAAGCAACAGCAGAAGAAAGCUGUUCGUCCUCAUUCAGGUUUCUCUUCUUCGCACAGGAAUAGCAGAACUUCCUGCUUCUCAGCUGAGUAUGAUGAAAGCCCCUACCUCUGCUCGAGGAGCUCCAUCGUCUCCACCUCAAGAUUUACCAACUCCUUUAACGCCAAGGACAUUGUUUAUCCGUCCUCUUCAGUCAAUUCCCGUUACACCCGUCCAUCAUCAGAGAGGAGGUACCGAAGCCCUGACGCAGCUUUUCAAAGAAAGCAGUCUGCAUGUUCGCUGGUAGCUUCAAGAGAUCAGAGUUUCUACAAGACCUUCCAGGACCCAGUGAAGAAGACGUACAGUGGAGACUUGCUCGAUAAACAUUCCCAGCACUUUACCUUGGAGAAACCAUUCACUCCCAAGACACUGAAGUCAGAUAAGAGUUCAUACUUGUCAAAAUAUCGCUUCUACAGAGCACCACCGAUUAAAUCUUCUCAGGAUGGCAGCAAGUCAAGACUGUUGGGAGGAGAGACAGUUUGUAAAAGCACAAACCACAAGCAAUACACAGAAAAACUCGAUAAAGCAUUCCAGGAAUGUCCUACAGAGCAUGAUUGGUCCGAAGAUGAGCUCACUGGUGUAUACUUAUCACCAUUACGACUACAGAAGCAAAAAAUCAAACGCAGGGAGCAUUAUUUCUUUGGCUCCUCAUCCAGGGUCUCUCCAGAAGGUGGGAAAUCUCUUAUUAAGAGCCUUAUUUCUGCAGAAGAAGAAGAGUUACUGUAUCUGGAGUUCAUUUCUGCUGUGACUGAGGAUAUCUUAUCCAGGGGCCACAUCUCUAACAGGAUGCUAAACCGGGUGAUGAAUCAACAUAUUGGUAUGAAUCUGCAUCAGCUUGAGGAGAGUAAAAUGCGCCACCUUCUGGAAGUGUUGUGUAAUGAAUUUAAGGAACCAUCCAACAUAUCCACCUCAAGUGAAGACCCUCAGAAAAAUGGAAAAGCUUUUCUUGAUUCCAUAUUUUCCCAUUUUGAAUCUGGCACUAAACCAGUAAAGCCUAAGGAAGAGAAGGACAUCUUAACACAUUCAUCCCUGAUUAAUCACUCUGAUUUGUCAGAUUGUGACAAUAUUUUACAGCUUUCUACACCCUCAUGCUCUCCUGUAAGAACUGCUUCAUCAACCAAAAAAAGGGAAAAAGACAAGAAGACAAAAAGCUAUGAAGAAGGUGUAACAACGUGUAGCGAUGAAGUUACAGACACUACAAUAACCAACCAAGGGGACAUCCAUGAGAUAGAUAUGACUGCUGUGAAUAUCCAGAAUGAAAAUGAUGAGCACAUGACUAUGAGCAAUGAUGGAAACCAAGGUGAUGGGCCAUCUAAGGAGGUAGAGGAUCUAGCAAACAUUUUGUCAGAGUCGUUACACAUGUCUAGCAAAACAGACUCUGAAAACGUAGCAACUGCCGAUGAGGCACACACAAGCCAACAUGAUGAUGUCAGUGAUGAUGAUUUCUGAGCUGUACUCAGGGAUUAAACGUCCUUUUAUAUUCGGUUCCCAGAUGAUGUUUCAGACUGAACUGAAAAAAGUUGAGAUUUCUGAAAGUUUAGUCCAUAAAAGUGAUGUAGCACUG